AUGAAUGUACUAAAUGAAAAGAAAUUUGGAAAGAGCAUAUUUUUAAAUUGUUUUACUGUUUAUGCAUUUUCCUGUAAUUUUUCCACGAAAAUUAGACUCCAGAUUACGGCCGAAAGGCCCAAUAAAUCAAUUAAAUACAGUAAAUGGGCUUUAAAUUUCAAACCCAUGAUCAAGCCUUUCCAAACUAGAAAGAAAAUCAUCGUCUCUAAGCUCAGAUACUAUACAGCAACAUUCUUAAACCCUAAUUCACCUCACAAUUUUCAAAUUAGAGCUCCAAAAUUAAAAAUGUCGGACAGGGAAGAUUCUGAUUCAGAUGCACCAGAAGAGUUUACAACUGAACAGGCAAUAAAACAAGAUGAAAUUUUAAGACAAGUUCAGAAAGAAAAUAAAAUCAGAGUUGUUCGUGAAGGUAAAGAACGCCGUAGACAAUGGGCACAGAGGAAAACACCUCGGUCAUCUAAACAGGAUAAAAGUGUACAAAAAGUUGAGGAAACUGAAACAGAAAAGGAGUCCUUAGAUACUGCAGGGAUGCUUCCAAAUGACAUUGUUCAGCUGCUUGCAGCUCGUGAGAAAAAAGUUUUCUUAUCAGACUCUGAGGAUGAGAAGGUUGAGACGAAGGUGGCAUCAAGAAAGAAAAAGCUCAAAACUUUUGGGACGGAUACUGUUAUUUUGAAGGAUAUAUCGCCCCCACCAUGCUUACAGAACUCGUUGGAGUUCCUAAGGAAAACGAAAAUGCAGGUUUCAAGAUCUUCUUCAGUUUUGGACAACUCCAACCAAGCGCUUCGCCUCAUUUCUACAUCGGGCUUGUUAAGUAAGAAAUGAUAAACUUGUCUCUCCUCUUUUUGAUGUAUCCUUUUGCUAUAGUGUACCAUACAGCCAGUGUUAGAAAUGAAUCUUUUCAGAGAAAUUAAUGCCAUAGAGUUGAUCCUUGGUGAAGCAGUUCUUAGAUUUGCUAUCAGCAGUAACACUAGAGUGCAAUUUUGUAAUCGUCGAAUGAUUAUGAAUGAUUAAGGGCCCGGUUAAUUAAA